AGCAGUGAGGAAUUGAUUUAAACUCAACCGCCUCUUCUUCAGAAUCUUCCCAUUGGCUACCACCAUCACUACACUCUCCUUGAGGAGAGAGACAGAGCACGAACAGGGGAGGGUCAGAGAGAGAGGAAGACACAGAAUCCGAAGCAGGCUCCAGGCUCUGAGCUGUCAGCACAAAGGCCGACGCUGGGCUCGAACCCACAGACCACAAGAUCAUGACCUGAGCUGAAGUCGGACGCUCAACAGACUGAGCCACCCAGGCGCCCCAAGCCAUGAAUGCACUGCUACAUUUGCAUACACACUCCCAAACCGAUUCUUCAAAACGAGGACCAGACCUGGCCCCUCCACAUCAGAGAUCCUGAAGGGAGAAGACAAGCAGAGCUCCAGGAGCCACAGAGCGUGGGGACCCUUGCCGCAGGUUCCUGUUGAGUCAUUUCAUUGUGUUAAAUAUGUCAUUUUUGGAGGACUCAAGUGUGAAAAUGGAGUCUGAAGACCAGGAAGGAGACGAGUCCCAGUGCUGCUCAGAAGACUUGGACAGAAGCCCCCUGGAGCCAGACAUGAGCCUCACCUCACAAAGCUCUCCCUAUUCAAGUGGAAGGGAGACAUGGAACACAGGUGACUCCUAGAAGCUGGAAAAGGCAAGGCAACGAUUCUCCCCUAGAGCCUCCAGAGAGAGCAUGCCAACAUCUUGAUUUUGGCCCAGUGGGACCUGUUUUCCACCUCUGACCUCCAGAACUGUGUGGAGACAAUCCCAUUAUGACAUGCAUUCGAGGAGUCCCUUUCUGUGGAGAACCCUAUACAGCAGUGAAUAAACCUCAGACCGGGGAGGUCUCUGACUUGAAUCAGCAGGUGUGGAUCCUGCAGGAUCAGACCAUUGUGACAGUUCCACGGACUGACAGUGUGACUCCAGUCACUGUCACUGUUGUCCCGUGCAAGUAUCCAGAGUAUCUUGAGCAAGGCAGAGGGAUUCCCAUUUAUAUGGGAAUAGAGAAUCCAGAAAUGUGUCUGUCUUGUGAGGACAUAGGAGGGCAGCCCACAUUGCAACUGAAGGAGGAGGAGAUACUGGAUCUGUACAACGAAGUCGCACCCGUGGAGCCCUUCCUCUUCUACCACUCAAAAGAUGGCAGGACCUCCACCUUCGAGUCCGUGGCCUUCCCUGGCUGGUUCAUCGCCUCCUCUGAGAUCCGCCAUCCCCUCUUCCUCACUUCAGACCUGGGGGGAAAGAACAAUGUUAACUUCAAUUUAAGUAUCAAUCCUUGACCUCAGCCUGGAGGGGGCAGCUUGGUCAGAGGUCUUUGUUAAAUUUCCUAGUUCCCAGCAUGCUUUCAUUUAUAUUCUCUCCGUGUCAUUUCACGUCAGUGCUGAGAGGUGGGCAGGACCUUGUUAUCAUCACACUUUGUGAAUGACUUCAGGGCAGCCGAGGCAUAGAAUGUGAGCUCAGACACGGGGCGAGGGGUCAUGUAAAGUUCUCCUCUCAAGCUGAAGUUGUCCAUCCCACAGCCAUCUGUACGAGGAUGUCUGGACCCCAAGACAUGAGUGCCUUCUCAUGUGGGUGGAUACA